AUGACAACUGAGGAUUCAUCCAACGCUUCCAGCAGCGGGCCGUCUGUAGCUGAGACUUCGGGAUCUUCCGUCAGCGAUGAUACUGGUAGCCAACCAGUGGGUAUGGAGGUAGUCGACCGGUCCAAGGAAGACCAAGCGGCCAACCUUGAAAAGGCCCUGGCACUCAAGACCAAAGGAAAUGAACAAUUGGCCAUGGGUCAUUUUCUUGAGGCAAUUGGAUUUUAUUCCGAAGCCCUCGAAUUUGAUCCAACUAGUGCAAUUAUCCUGUCAAAUCGAGCGCAAGCUUAUAUCAAGGUUGAGAAUUACGGUUUGGCCAUGACCGACGCUACUGCAGCUAUGGACUCCGAUCCAAAGUACGCGAAAGCAUAUUAUCGCCGAGGCUCGGCUCAUUUUGCCUUGACACACUACAAGGAUGCCAAAAAGGAUUUCAAGAAGGUGUGCCAGUUGAAGCCAAAAGAUAAAGAUGCAAGAAAAAAGUUCCAAGCUUGUGAGAAGGCCAUCCGCGAGGACGCUUUCAGGAAGGCUAUUAUUUCCGAGAAAACUGCCCCUUUGAGUGACACCUAUGAUCCAAACGCCAUUUCACUGCCUUCUUCCUAUGAUGGUCCAAAUGUCUCCCCCGAAGGAAUUCUUGAGAACAUGGAAUUGGAGGCAUCCUUUUUUGAACCCGGAAAGCUUCCAAGGGAUUUUGUUGUGGCGGCCAUGGAGCACUUCAAGAAUGAAAAGCUUAUUCACAAGCGUUAUGUUGCACGACUUCUAAUAUCUUGUAAGCGAUACUUUGAGAAUCUUGCUUCAUUGAUUGAGGUCUCAUUGCCAGCAGAACCACCCGAGCACGAUUCCAGCGCCGCCCCAAGAGUUACCGUUUGCGGAGAUACUCACGGACAAUAUUAUGAUGUUUUGAAUAUCUUUGAUAUGAAUGGUUACCCAUCAAGGAACAACCCAUAUUUGUUCAAUGGUGACUUUGUUGAUCGUGGUUCGUUCUCUGUUGAGGUGAUAUUGACAUAUUUGAUGUGGAAGUUGCACGAUCCGAUGUGUAUCCAAUUGACAAGAGGAAACCACGAAACAAAGAAUAUGAAUAAAAUUUAUGGUUUCGAAGGAGAAGCGAAAGCAAAGUAUGACGACAAGAUAUUCGAACUCUUCUUGGAAGUCUUUUCGCAUUUGCCUCUUGCAGCAGUUAUAGAAUCCACUGUCUUCGUGACACAUGGUGGACUCCCAACGGAAGAAGGUGUCACUUUGAAUGACGUGCGAAAGGUCAAGAGAGGUUGCGAGCCGCCAGAAAGUGGGUUGAUGAGUGAUUUGAUGUGGUCUGAUCCACAACCUUUCCCUGGAAAAAGCCCGUCGAAGCGGGGGGUGGGUUUCUCCUUUGGACCUGAUAUCACGCGAAGGUUCCUUGAUACCAACGGUUUGUCGCUUCUAGUGCGGUCUCACGAAGUCAAGGAAGAAGGCUAUCUUGUGGAACAUGGUGGGAAAACCAUUACAAUUUUCUCUGCUCCAAACUACUGUGAUACGAUGGGAAAUAAGGGAGCAUUUAUUCAUUUUGAUGCGUCCAUGGAACCAAAGUUCACUCAAUAUACCAACGUGCCUCAUCCUGACGUGAAGCCCAUGGCAUAUUCGGCCGGUAUGGGUGGAAUGUUUGGGCUAUAA